AUGCAUUGUUGUUGCAUUGUUAGAAGCAUCUAUGAUGGGUUUACCAAUCAUAAUUCUCUCUGACCAUUGGAGAAAAUCACAUAAAUUUUGCAGUCUCAAUCCAGAAUUGUCCAAAUCAUAUGGUCAAUGGCUCAUUCUCUUGUAAAACCUGUGGUGUUAACCUUGCAAGAACCAUCAUCCAGGUUGAAAACAUCCACGGAUGCUACAACGAGAGAAGAAGAUACCCCUCAGAAUUCUGUCACCUUUGUUUAUCAAACCAAAGUAGCAGAAUCAUUGCGAAGCGUAACAGUUUCAUGGUGCAAGGACAGCACGGAGCAUUUCCUUUCCGUGAACGUGGAUAACACAUUAGAAGAAAACAAGUUUUCCUGCAAGAUUGAUUUGGAAUCCGGACAUGCUUGGGGGAAAAAGGGCCUCAGGUCCUUUGAAAUGGCAGGUGCAAGAGUAGACAUUUACUGGGAUCUCCGACACGCCAAAUUCUCCACAAGUCCACAGCCUAACUCAGGUUAUUACGUUGCAUUGGUUUACAAGAAAGAGGUGCUUCUGUUGUUGGGAGAUUUACAGAAUGAUGCUUUUGAAAGAACCAAAUCAAAACCAUCCCCAGAAGAAGCUACCUUGGUAUGCAAGAGAGACAAUGUGUAUGGGAAGAAGGUGUUUUGUACCAGAGCCAUUCUGGAAAAUGGUAAGACAGAACAUGAUGUUGUGAUUGAGACUUCCCUUUCUGGUCCUGAUGAUCCAGAAAUGUGGAUUACCAUAGAUGGUACGCUCACAAGCAGAGUAAUGAACUUGCAUUGGAGAUUCAGAGGGAAUGAUAUAGUGAUGGUGAACAAUUUUCCAGUGCAAAUCUUUUGGGAUGUGCAUGAUUGGCUUUUUACAAAUGACAUUGGUCCAAGCCCUGCCUUCUUCGUUUUCAAGCCAGGAUUUUUGGAAGCUACCAACGACAGAGAAUGCCCAGAAAGAUCUGGAGAUAGCAGCACACUUGAACUACUAGAGGAUAAUUCAUGCACCACAGGAUUUUGCCAUUUUCUCUAUGCUUGGAGAACUGCUUGAAAUUCAUUCUGCUUCCAAAACCUAUUUCUUCUCCUUUCUUGUAGCAAACUAAAAGUCUUUCUUUAUUAGCAUUUCACAUAGAC